CGCUCACAGGUCUCCUCCUCGCUGACUCUGAAAGAACAGAGCAGCAAGCGGUGUGUGGUUCGAUUCCGGCCAACGAAGCGGCUGAUCGAGCGAGCAUGGGGUCGAGGAGGCCGAGGUUGCCGGUGUUCGGCGACGAAGGUGGCGGCGGCGGCCAGGGCAGGGGCGCGGGAGGCCGCGGCCGGGGCGGCUUCGGCUUCUACCCUCAGCAAGGCGGCCGCGGAGGAGUAGGCCCCUACCAGCCUCGCGCCGCGGCGCAGCAGUGGCGCCCGGCCGCCCCUGCUCCGGCGCAGACGCACGCCAAUGGCGGCGGUCCGGCCGCCACGAUAGCUCCCGAGCUGCGCCAAGCAAAGACCGAGGACGCCGUUCCGGCUCCGCCAGUCCCGGCCUCGCCGCCGUCGGAUGCCCUCGAGGCCGUCGCCGACCACCUCCAGGACGUCACCGACCAGUUCGACGCCCUGUCCAUGGACGGCGACGUCAGCGACUCGGCCUCGGUCACCGCCGCCGGCCGGGAGCUCGUCGUGGCCCGGGCGCCGAUCCCGCGGCCGGACAGCUCGUGCAAGUUCCCGCACCGCCCCGGGAGCGGGCGGGCCGGCACGCGGUGCCUGGUGAAGGCCAACCACUUCCUCGCCGAGCUGCCAGACAAGGACCUGCACCAGUACGACGUGGCAAUCACGCCGGAGACGUCGCGGGUGUCCGGCCGCGCCGUCAUGGGCGAGCUGGUGCGCCUGCACCGGGCGUCCUACCUCGGCGGCCGCCUCCCGGCCUACGACGGCCGCAAGAGCAUGUACACCGCCGGCCCGCUGCCCUUCACCUCCAAGGAGUUCCACAUCACCGUGCUCGAGGAGGACGACGGCUCCGGCCAGGAGAGGCGCGAGAGGACCUUCAAGGUGGUGAUCAGGUACGCGGCGAGGGCCGAUCUGCGCCGCCUCGAGCAGUACAUCGCCGGAAGGCAGGCCGAAGCUCCCCAGGAGGCCCUGCAGGUUCUUGACAUCGUCCUGCGUGAGCUGCCUACAGCUAGAUAUGCGCCGUAUGGUCGAUCGUUCUUCUCGCCGGACUUCGGGAGGAGGCGGUCCCUCGGCGACGGGGUUGAGAGCUGGCGCGGGUUUUAUCAGACCAUUCGGCCUACUCAGAUGGGAUUGUCGCUCAAUAUCGAUAUGUCAGCGACAUCUUUCUUCGAGCCGCUGCCUGUCAUCGAUUUUGUUGGGCAGCUUUUGAACUCUGACAUUCACUCAAGGUGCCUCUCGGAUGCCGAGCGUGUCAAGAUAAAGAAGGCCCUAAGGGGAGUGAAGGUAGAAGUUACUCACCGUGGCAACAUACGGCGCAAGUAUCGGAUAUCUGGUUUAACACCUCAGGCGACUAGGGAGCUAAGUUUUCCCGUUGAUCAAGGGGGCACGGUGAAGUCUGUUGUCCAGUAUUUUCAGGAGACAUAUGGGUUUGCCAUCCAGCACAUCAACCUUCCCUGUCUGACAGUCGGCAACCAGCAGCGUCCAAAUUACCUCCCCAUGGAGGUCUGCAAAAUAGUGGAGGGGCAGAGGUACUCCAAGAGGCUGAACCAGAGUCAGAUAAGAGCUCUUCUUGAGGAGACGUGUCAGCGCCCACAUGACCGGGAGCGCGACAUAGUUCAGAUGGUGAAUCACAAUUCUUACCAUGACGAUCCGUAUGCAAAAGAGUUUGGUAUUAAGAUCAGCGAGCGCCUGGCAUCGAUCGAGGCACGGAUUUUACCCGCUCCUCGGCUUAAGUACAGCGAGACUGGUAGAGAGAAGGACUGCUUGCCAAGAGUUGGCCAGUGGAAUAUGAUGAACAAGAAAAUGGUCAAUGGUGCUAGAGUCAGGAGCUGGCUGUGCGUCAACUUUGCUCGAAACGUGCAAGAGAGCAUGGCUACUGGAUUCUGCCGUGAGCUUGCUCGCAUGUGCCAAGCCUCGGGAAUGGACUUUGCUUUGGAGCCUGUUCUUCCGGUUAUAUACGUGCGCCCUGAUCAAGUGGAGAGAGGUCUGAAAGCUAGGUUCCAUGAUGCGAUGACCGCACUUGGACCGCAGCGCAAGGAGAUCGAGUUGCUUAUUGGAAUUCUCCCUGAUAACAAUGGAUCACUUUAUGGUGAUCUGAAGCGUGUCUGCGAGAUCGACCUUGGGCUAAUUUCCCAGUGUUGUUUGACAAAGCAAGUGUUCAAGAUGAACAAGCAGAUCCUGGCAAACCUUUCCCUGAAGAUAAAUGUCAAGGUUGGGGGAAGGAACACCGUACUGGCUGAUGCAUUGACAAGGCGCAUUCCUUUGGUUACUGACAAGCCGACGAUCAUAUUCGGCGCAGAUGUCACCCAUCCUCAUCCUGGUGAAGACAGCAGCCCUUCCAUUGCUGCAGUUGUGGCCUCCCAAGAUUGGCCAGAGGUGACUAAGUAUGCUGGCCUAGUCUCUGCCCAGUCUCACAGGCAGGAACUAAUAGAGGAUCUUUACAAUGUGACUCAUGAUCCUCAGAGAGGAACCGUCCAUGGUGGCAUGGUCAGGGAGCUUCUCAUAUCCUUUAAGCGAACAACCGGAGAGAAGCCUGAGCGUAUUAUUUUCUAUAGAGAUGGUGUGAGUGAAGGCCAGUUCUACCAAGUUCUACUGCAUGAGCUUGAUGCCAUCAGAAAGGCAUGCGCAUCGCUAGAAGCAAACUACCAGCCGCAGGUUACGUUCGUGGUGGUCCAGAAGCGCCACCACACCAGGCUGUUUGCGCACAACCACAAUGACCAAAGCACCGUCGACAAGAGCGGCAACAUCCUUCCUGGCACUGUCAUUGACUCCAAGAUCUGCCACCCUACAGAGUUUGAUUUCUUCCUGUGCAGCCAUGCAGGCAUCAAGGGAACGAGCCGCCCCGCUCAUUACCAUGUCCUGUGGGAUGAGAACAACUUCACUGCUGAUGGACUGCAAACCCUCACCAACAACCUCUGCUACACUUACGCGAGGUGCACGCGCUCGGUGUCUAUCGUCCCUCCUGCAUACUAUGCUCACCUGGCCGCCUUCCGCGCUCGCUUCUACAUGGAGCCGGACAGCUCCGACAGCGGCUCCAUCAUGAGCGCGCGCCAGUCCAGCUCGUCGACGUCCCGCAGCACCCGUGCCGCGGGCGCCGGGAUCGUCAGGCCCCUCCCUGCGCUCAAGGACAGCGUGAAGAAGGUCAUGUUCUACUGCUGAUGAUGAUGCUCUACAAUCUACUGCUGCUCUAAAUAAAAAGGGUCCAUGUCUGUCUCACCUGCACCUCAGGUGAUUUCCUCUGUUUGAUCAUGCCGCCUAAGAAUUCAGUGAUGGUGUUGUUGUACUGAUAAUUAAGUAGCACUAGUGCUAUGUGCCCUGCUGCGGCUUCGAACUGUGAGGAUUCCAGAACCAGGUUUCAUUUAAGUACUCUAUUCUAUUUUAUUGUGUGCUUUCUUCAGACUGUAUUUGUGCUAGGAGUAGGAGCCUGUGCCAUGGAAGCUGCAUUGAACUAUUCAUGUGGAUCUAUCUAUUCCCCAAGUACUAUUCUUAUUA